AUGGAUACCAAAGAAAUCGUUGAACAGCUGAUUAUGCUGGAUCCACAAAAAGCAAAUGUCAUCGCAAAUCUCAUAAAGCGACGUCAAUCCAGCAAUAAACGAAGAAGUGGGAGCAAACAGGACCACGCCCCCAAACGAGCUCGUCCUGCCAGUGCUGCAAGCGAAGAUGCCAAGAAAAGCGAAGAAGAACCUACACCUGCGCGAGUCAGCACCCGAAGCACCUCCCGAGCCUCCUCGCUCAAAGAUGGCCGUAUCUCCAGUUGUGCAAGCAUGAAACUUGAAGUUUCACCCGUGUGCAUUGAUGGAACCAGCGGUAUCGUGUCACAAGAGAUCUCUCCUCUUCCUCGUGUACAAAACCCAUCCGAAUCUCCAUCGUCUGAAGAACGAAAGAGCGAUGCUGCCAAUUCUUCUGCGGAUGAACUGGAAAUCAGGAAACUGUACAGAGAAGCUGUAAAACGAAUGUUGCGCGAGAAAGUGACGACGCUUCUGGAGGCGACCAUUUCUGAUCUUCAAGGCUUGCGUAUUGGACCGCGAGAACGGCAUGAUCGUCGGAAUAGCAAGGAACGAAAGAAUCUUUGGGCUGUCAAUUGGGAGCAUGUGAAGAAACGAAGGAAGAAGGAGAAAGAGGAUGAUAAGAAGAAGAGCAGCGAACGAAUCAGAAAGAGGGAAGUUGUUUCGAAGAGGCAGGAAAAAGAUAAACAACAGAAUAAGCAUGAACAUGUGGAGGAAAAGCAUGAAGUUGAAGACCACCCACAACCCGAAAAGAACAGUGAGAAGCGCACACGAAAAAGGAGGAAUGAUAGCAUGGAGAAGGAAAAAGAAAAAGAAAAGGAGAGAGAGAAGGAGAAAGAGAAGAGCAAAGACGAGCACAGAACACGAUCCUCUCAUUCCACUCCUGCCCGUAGAACGUCUUGCUGCGAAACAACGACGCCUACGAAAAAAAUGACGUGCUGUGACAAUACCACUUUGAAAAGAGAGAAGGAAUAUGAAGAGAUUGUUCGAAGUGUUGCUGUUGGAAUUUUGCCAGAAUGGGAGUCCCCAGUACUGUCGUGUGGUUGCACGCGAGGAGCUUGCACAUCCGAUUCAGAAUGUGUGAAUCGUGCCCUUUGUGUGCAGUGUCCACCAGGCUGUGCGGCUCCGUUGUGUGCAAAUAAGGUGAGAUACUCUUUUAUCGCGUAAAA